GGGGCCAUGGGCCGGGGCGGGCCCGCCAUGCGCUACAACGAGCGGGAGCUGCUGUCCCUGGCCCGCCAGCCCGCCGAGAAAGCGGCCGAGAUCCGCAUGAGCGUCCCCAAGAAGGGCAGCGUGCUGAAGAAGCGCCUGGUGAAGCUCGUGGUGAAUUUUCUCUUCUACUUCCGCACCGAUGAGGCCGAGCCCAUUGGAGCUCUGCUGCUGGAGCACUGCAAGAUCACCAAAGAGGAGGAGAACGUCUUCUCCAUCAGUUUCAUCGAGGAGCCAGAGAGGAAAUACUGCUUCGAGUGUGCCACGGAGGAGCAGUGCCAGGAGUGGGUCGAGGCACUCAAGAGAGCCAGCUAUGAGUUCCUGAGGAGGAGCCUGAUUUUCUACAGGAACGAGAUCCAGAAGAUGACAGGGAAGGACCCCCUGGAGCAGUAUGGAAUCUCGGAGGAAGCUCGUUUCCAGCUGGGAGCACACAGGCAGUAACCCUCACCUGGCUGCAGCUGGCUCCACCCCAGCCCCCUGGGAGGGACAGCAGCUCCCCACAGUGACCACGGGACUUUUUUAUUUAUUACCCCAA